UUGUGCGUUGAUAAUGGUAUUGGGGAUAUGGUCUCACGAUUUGGGAUCACUGCACGUCAACUCGCAGAAAAUCUGGAUUGGAAGAAGCACGAUGUUGAACAAGAUCCGGUAGGUUAUGUUCAAACAUGCAAGUUUCAGGAUCUGGUUGCUCCAAAAGUUGCUGCCUCUGACUAUACAAGUUCUUCAUUCCCUACUCCCGAAGCAGUGAUAGCUGGCGCUAUUUAUAUGAUGGCGAGAGAGCUUAGUCGCGAACCUGCGGUAAACUACAACAUUUUCCAAGCUCGUGAAAGGAUCCGUCAGGUAUACCGUGAAAACGCAAAACUGUAUGUGCGACCGACGCAGAAAGGGCGUGAACAUCUUGACGAAACUAGUCCUGUUUGGAAGAAUAGAUACAUAAAAGGAAAGCCUGUAUCUCUUCUGGAAGAAGAAGAGUUUUUGUACUACCAUCAAGCCAAGAAGGCCGAACAUCUUGACGUGAAGUUUGUAUUUGAGCAGUAUACUGACAACGAUGUUGUUAGAGUUCUAUCAGAUGCCCUUCUCAGUGAGCAGCCUUAUCGAGUGGACGAGUAUUCUGAAGUUGUGGAAGAGUGGAACUCAAUUCGUGAGAAAGCGACAAGAAUGGCUAUUGACGAGAUGCUUCUUCCAUUUUUAGAAGGCGAAAUGGAGCAAAAGUUGCUGGAUGAAGCCAAAAAUAGUGUGUUAUAUGUGAGUUAUAUCGUAUUAAACAUUUGUUCAAUUACAAAAUGUGGCAGAGCUAUGUAUGCUCGCUUAGAACCAGCAGCUUUUCAUCCUUCUGAAGAACAACUCGAGGAUGAGGACGAUGACAUCACACGACAG